GUAGUGAAAGAGAUAGAAGUUAUUCUGGCAGCAGUGUUUGCUUUGCUAACAGUAGCAGCAGUCGUAGUAGCAGCAGCGAUAAUCAUAAACCACCAAGACAACUAACUCAGAAGCAAACAACCCACCUUCGU